AUGCAGCGGUCCGAGUUUGCGAACGGGGUGGCGGCGAUCGCGGGGAAGAAGAUCGUCAUCGUCGGCUGCGGCGCGCAGGGCCUCAACCAGGGCCUCAACAUGCGCGAUUCGGGCUGCGACAUCUCGUACACGCUGCGGCACGCUACUCCCCAGCGUCCUCCACCCCUCCCCACGCAGCGCGCCUCUUACGUCAACGCCACCUCCAACGGCUUCGCCGUCGGAGGGGGCGACUAA